AUGAGGAAAGGCGGCGCCAGGUACGGCCGCGGAGACUCUUACCGACGGAAGGGAGACAAGCCGGACAAGCGCGGGCCGAAAGAAUCGCAAAGUGACCCGGGCUCUCCAAAGCCUGUAACAGAGGGCGACGACCCGAGAACCCCUGCCACCAGUACCUCUCCCGCAGCCAUCACCACCGUGGUGGAAGACCAACCCGCGGGGCCUCCCGGUGCUCCUGAAAGGCGCACUGUCGUAUACGUAGAACCGCCGGCGACAUCGCUGCCACCCGGAGGCAGGACAACCGCGGAACCGGAGCCUCAAGAGCAUUGGGAGGAGAAGGAGCAGAGGGAAUUAGUUCCACCGGAGAUUCCGUCCCCGGCGAUGCAGCAAGCGAACCAACCGACGGCAGUCCAAGCGGUGACGAAAGGCUUGAAGUCCCAGGUUGCAGUGCCGCAGCCAAGCGCACAGUCCCUGGCCUUCGAGAAACAUCGGAGUCGGCGCCGACGCUCGGUGAAGCCGCGCGUCGGUACCAAGAGCGCGCCUGGCGCUUCGCCGACAUCCACCGGCAGCCCCGUUAACGUUCUCCAGGGACGUGACGCUGGAGCGCGCAACGUACCUGGCGCACGGCCUUUCGAUGUUGGAGCGCCGUCACUGGCCUCAUCGCCCUUGCGCGCCCCGGCCGGAGAAAAAGAACCGCAGUGGGGCCCAAGCGUGCCGUACCUUCUGGGAAUGUCUCCUGACGCCACGCCUUCGCGACCGGCGGGACCGUGGUCGAAGGUUCCUUCCCCUACUAGGUCCCCGCCAGAGGAGGGCAAACGAAGAAACCACGAAUCCGACGUUCGGGCCAAAGGCCUGUCACCGAAAUCUGCGCAGCGGAAGUCCGUGGCCACCACUGAAUUGCUCACUUCGUACGAAAAACUCCAGGACAUGGCAAAGUCGAGGACACCGGAGAAUGUCAUGACGAAAACAGCAUUCACGAAAACGUCAUUGACGAGAACGGGAACUGCAGGAAAGGCCGUAUGGACCCCGAUCGCCAUAACCCUCGGCAUCUGCGCAAUGGUCUUUGGCACCAUUCUCCUCCUGGCUACGCAACGCUACUUUAGUCACCUCAGACUGUGCCGCACCGAAGACUGUCAACGCCACGCGACGCUGCUCACCGAUCGCCUGAACACAACGCUCGACCCAUGCGACGACUUUAGGGCCUUCGUCUGUUCCGCGUGGCAGAUGUCAAGAAUGCACCGUGAGCAGGCCAAGUCGGUGAUCGACGACCUCCGAUUCACUUGGUACGACCGCUUCGAGGAUACCCUGACCAUGGGCCGGCUGAAGAUACCCACCGGGAGAAAGCCGCUCGCUAUGUACCGCAUGUGCGAGCGCUAUUUCCCUUCCAACGCGUCGCAGGUUGCGCUUAUGCGCAAAUUCUUCGAUCACCACAGGCUUCGCUGGCCGCAGGCGCCCGAGGAGCUACAGCCACCACUCACCUUGCUCGUCGUGCUAAGCUACAAGUGGCUGUUGCCGUACUGGAUAACCGUCUAUCUUCUGCAACCUUCCGCCAGUGGCAGGCAGCGUGUGCUGGUCACUCCGGGAAUUUAUGUUCCCAUCCUUCGCAAUCAUCAUCAAAGCGUCCAAGAGGUGUACGAUCGCUACUGGCAGCUGUAUCUAGAGCUCUUCUACCCGGACCCCAGAACGCGACCGCCUCCGUUGAAUAAGGAAGCCAUCCGAGAGAUUCGUGACAUGGAAGGGGACGUGCUCGACAGCUUACACGCCGCGGCAGCCUCUCCUCGAAAGAGGCCCGCGAAGUUUACCUUCGGCGAAAUCGACACCCACGUCCCGAACGCGUCCGGCACCGGCUGGACCGAGGCGUUCCAGACGGGCAUGUCACUCCAACCGAGUCUGACCAUCGACGACGAGAUUGUCACCACCGACGUCGCCUUCCUGAGCGUGGUGGCCGAGCUCUUGGUCAAGUACGGCACGCUCAUGUUGAACAAGCACCUGAUGUGGUUUCUUCUGCAGUACUACGCACCCGUGACCAACUACGCUUUCCUCGUGGGCUAUUACGGCAGCCACGAGAAAGCAGCCGCUUACAUUCCGGCGUUUUGUGCGCACAAGGUGGAACUCUUGUACAAAGUCCUCGUGCUCGCUCUCGGCGUCGUCACCCGGUUACCGGUCCACGACCGAAAAGUUAUUGACGCCGGCUUCCAAAGUCUCGUCUCUGCCGCUUUCGGGAAGGUUCGAAACUCCAUCUGGAUGGACGAAAAGGACAAGAUGCGGAUGAUCACCAAGCUUGCCGCCAUAAAGAUGGACUUUUUGCCACCCGAGACGAUUCUUGACGACGGCGUGCUGGAAAGGCUUUACGCCGACUUUCCGGAGAAAGAGUCGUCUUUCGCCGAUUACUGGCUGAAAUCGCUGGCAGCCACGAACGAAAUGAGCAGGACGCCAGAAUACAACAAGGCGUUGCGGCUGCCGGGCAACAACUUCCCGGGCUACGUUCGCUACGGCUACGUCUCAAACACCGUUCAGAUGGCGAUCGGCGCUGCCGCAGCGCCCGCGUACUACGGCAACGGUACCCACGGCAUGCUGUAUGGUGGUCUGCUCUUCCUGUUGGCCAUGCAGAUGGUAAGGGCGAUCGAUGACGAAGGUAUCAGGUGGGCCACGAAUGAAACCGCACUGAACGACACCAUGCUGUCCGAUGCUUCUCUACAAGCGUUCCGCCAAAGGGCUGCGUGUCGUAAUGGCGCCGGACAUGAGAGUGCAUUUCCAGAGGUGCCAGCCCUUGAGAUCGCCUAUUCCGCCCUCGUGGAAUCUCACCUGGUGGACAAAACCGAACCGUUGGCACUCAGCGAGCAGCUGCCGGAAGACAAGGUCUUUUUCAUGACGCUUUGCUACAUGACAUGCGACAGCACGGGUGUCAGGAAUGACAUUACAGCGGACUGCAAUAAGGCAGUGAAGAAUUUCGACGCUUUCGCCCGUGUUUACAGCUGUCCGAAAGGAAGCAACAUGAACCCAGAGAAGAAGUGUUUGUUUUUUGCGUAA